AUGGACAAGGACGCUUUCACUAAGCCGUCCGGCUCUGACCCCGGUAUUGAGCAGUCAAGCUCAUAUCCAUACGAUACAGCCCGCGUGCGGGAACUGCUAAAGAGCAAGCGCCGCCAUCGCGUUGUCAAAUCUUGUUUUCCUUGUCGGCAUCGGAAGGUUCGCUGUGAUGGAGAUGUUCCUUGUUCUAGUUGUGUGCGGGGGGGGCAUGCGGAACUUUGUGGUGCGCCGAGGUCGUCCGAUAUGUUAGGGAAGGGGGGCGGUGGGAUUAAUGAUUUGCCGCGGGCUUUUGAGGGUGAAAUUGGUGGCGAUAGGAAUGAACAUCGACAAAUCGUGAGGUAUGUACCGUACCGUAUCUCUAUAUCACUCUGUCUCUGUUUAUGUCACCUAAUAUGCCCGAGCAGCGUUAGGGCAAAUGAUACUGAGGCUACUGGAUCCGGGGCUCUAUCCGCUUCCAUCUCUGAUACACCAGACGUCAGCUCCAUGAUAAGGCGUCUAGAGAACAUUGAGGAACAAAUAUCUUGUCUCAAAGCGGACCUGCAGCAGACCCAAUCCGGUACUUAUAAAGGCGGACCACAGAUGCCUGAACGAGCCAGCUCGAGUAGGAGGGCAUCCAGACCGGACCCAUCCCCUGGGAAACUAUUCUUCGAAGAUACUACAGGGGCGACCGUCUAUCUAGGAAGCCACUCUGAUCCCCCAGCAACGCUGGGGCUCAACGAUGCCAUUCUGAUAGACCAACUCGCGGCACGUACGUAUCCUUUCACGAAUCUCUGGAGACCUGGGGCUGGUGCAUUAGAGAUUUGUCAGACUCUUCCAGAUGAUGAGAAUAUUAUUCGAUACUGGCAGGCGUAUCAGACCUGUGCAUACCCCUUUUACCCUGUACCCGUGACUUACAAGGAGUUCACUACCUCGUUAUUUUCGUUUCUUGAUCAGCGCGCUACACUCCAAGCUAAUAGUGAUGGUGAUUGGUCUUCACUGGAUGAUAUUGACUCCUCGUGGCUAGCGCUGCUAUUCGCCAUACUCGCUUCUGGGGUGCAACUCUCGAAUGACCCUAUCAAAGAGCGGGAUCUGAAAACAAAAGUCUUUAUCUGUUCCUCCUUCCAAUGUCUCCGCACCUCAAACUUUUUCAUCAACACCGACAUGAAUCAGAUCCAGGCCAUGGCACUAAUUGGACAUUGUUUGGGCAAUAACCUCGACACUAAUAGUGCAUGGAUUUUGAUGGGAUCGGCUCUACGCCUUGCUCAAAGUAUCGGACUACACGACGAAACUGUGUCGGCUGGAUCGUAUAGUCCUACUGACCAGUUACAGCGAAAGCGACUGUGGUGGAUGCUUCUUUUGCAAGACACAUUUCUAUCGUUAACAUACGACCGCCCACGAAACAUAACGAAAUCAAACAGCAGUAUCCCUUCCGACCCGGACACAGUAUCAGGCUACUCAUUCGCCGAAUCAAUGUUCUCCGUGUGCCAGAUCGAACUUGACCGUACCCGCCAAGAAGACAGCGAGAGUGUUGCUGCGGCACUAGCAGCCAAGCGACGUCUGGAGAAAAUAUUCGAAUCCGCAUCCUCUUUUUUAGUGGAAAAACACCGCUGUCACACCCUGCAAGACCAUCUCGAGCGCCUAGCACUGCGUAUCCAUGUCUCUUACGGGGUCUGUCGAUUCUUGCGACUAGCUCUAGAGACUGCCGCUUCCUCCGGUUCUGAUAGCUUAGAACUAGACUCUAACACCCUUACAACGGAAUGUAUCGACCAUGCCGAAGAAGCAGUGGAGGCAUUUCUGGACAUGCACCGCCUCUCGUCUACCGUAUGCCGCCUAUGGGCAUUCGUGCAUAACGCUGUCAGCUGUGCCAUUACAUUGCGAAACAUGGGUGCUGCCACCACUGUUACGGGGGACUUUUAUAGGCCCCGCGCAGAUACUUUAGUCCAACGGCUUAUCUCUGUUCUGCGUCGUGAGGAGCUUCAUUCAGUGUGGGAGGAUAGUGAUACUAAUGUGCGAUAUUUUGGACCUUAUUCGAGGGCGUUGAAGGCGUUGACGGAGACUGUUUGCGGGGAGUUUUUUUGA